CAUGGCGGACACCUGCGUCAGACCCUCAUGGGGACAACCUUACCUACUCUGUCUUCUACACCAAGGAGGGGAUUGCGAGGGAACGUGUUGAGAAUACCAGUCGCCCAGGAGAAAUGCAGGUGACCAUUCAAAACCUAAUGCCAGCCACAGUGUACAUCUUUAGAGUUAUGGCUCAAAAUAAGCAUGGCUCUGGAGAGAGUUCAGCUCCACUACGGGUAGAAACACAACCUGAGGUUCAGCUCCCUGGCCCAGCACCUAACAUCCGAGCGUAUGCAACUUCACCUACUUCCAUCACUGUCACCUGGGAAACACCGUUGUCUGGAAAUGGGGAAAUUCAGAAUUACAAACUGUACUACAUGGAAAAAGGGACUGAUAAAGAACAGGAUGUUGAUGUUUCGAGUCACUCCCACACCAUUAACGGAUUGAAAAAAUACACAGAGUAUAGUUUCCGAGUGGUGGCCUACAAUAAACAUGGCCCUGGAGUCUCCACACAAGAUGUUGCUGUUCGAACUUUUUCAGAUGUUCCCAGUGCUGCUCCUCAGAAUCUGUCUUUAGAAGUAAGAAAUUCAAAGAGUAUUGUGAUUCACUGGCAGCCACCUCCUCCAGCUGCACAAAAUGGACAGAUUACUGGCUACAAGGUUCGCUACCGAAAGGCUUCCCGGAAGAGUGAUGUCACUGAGACCUUGGUGUCUGGGACACAGCUGUCACAGCUGAUUGAAGGUCUUGAUCGAGGAACCGAAUAUAAUUUCCGAGUGGCUGCUCUAACAGUCAAUGGUACAGGCCCAGCUACUGACUGGCUGUCAGCUGAAACUUUUGAAAGUGACUUAGAUGAAACUCGUGUUCCAGAAGUGCCUAGUUCUCUUCACGUCCGCCCCCUGGUCACUAGCAUCGUAGUAAGCUGGACGCCUCCAGAGAAUCAAAACAUUGUGGUCAGAGGUUAUGCCAUUGGUUAUGGCAUUGGCAGCCCUCAUGCCCAGACCAUAAAAGUAGACUAUAAACAGCGCUAUUACACCAUCGAAAAUCUGGAUCCCAGCUCUCAUUAUGUGAUUACCCUGAAAGCGUUUAACAACGUAGGUGAAGGUAUCCCCUUGUACGAGAGUGCUGUGACCAGACCUCACACAGUGCCAGAUCCCACUCCCAUGAUGCCACCAGUGGGAGUUCAGGCUUCCAUUCUGAGCCAUGACACCAUAAGGAUUACCUGGGCGGACAACUCCCUGCCCAAACACCAGAAGAUUACAGACUCCCGGUACUACACAGUCCGAUGGAAAACCAACAUCCCAGCAAACACCAAGUACAAGAAUGCUAAUGCAACGACUUUGAGUUAUUUGGUGACUGGUUUAAAACCAAAUACACUCUAUGAAUUCUCUGUGAUGGUGACCAAAGGUCGAAGGUCAAGCACAUGGAGCAUGACAGCCCACGGGACUACAUUUGAAUUAGUUCCUACUUCUCCACCCAAGGAUGUGACAGUUGUGAGUAAAGAAGGAAAACCUAGGACCAUAAUUGUAAAUUGGCAGCCUCCCUCUGAAGCCAAUGGCAAGAUUACAGGUUACAUCAUAUAUUACAGCACCGAUGUGAAUGCAGAGAUACACGACUGGGUUAUUGAGCCUGUUGUGGGAAACAGGCUGACUCACCAGAUACAAGAAUUAACACUUGACACACCAUACUACUUCAAAAUCCAAGCCCGGAACUCAAAGGGCAUGGGGCCCAUGUCUGAAGCUGUCCAGUUCAGAACACCCAAAGCGGACUCCUCUGAUAAAAUGGCUAAUGAUCAAGCCUCGGGGUCUGCAGGGAAAGGAAGCCGGCUGCCAGACCUGGGAUCCGACUACAAACCUCCAAUGAGCGGCAGUAACAGCCCUCAUGGAAGCCCCACCUCUCCUCUAGACAGUAACAUGCUGCUGGUCAUCAUCGUUUCCGUUGGCGUCAUCACCAUCGUGGUGGUCGUGAUCAUCGCUGUUUUCUGCACCCGGCGGACUACCUCUCACCAGAAAAAGAAACGAGCUGCUUGCAAAUCAGUGAAUGGCUCCCACAAGUAUAAAGGGAACUCCAAAGAUGUCAAACCCCCAGACCUCUGGAUCCAUCACGAGAGACUGGAGCUCAAACCCAUCGAUAAGUCUCCGGAUCCAAACCCCAUCAUGACCGAUACACCAAUUCCUCGUAAUUCUCAAGAUAUCACACCAGUUGACAAUUCCAUGGACAGCAAUAUCCAUCAAAGGCGGAAUUCAUAUAGAGGGCAUGAAUCAGAGGACAGCAUGUCUACACUGGCAGGAAGGCGGGGAAUGAGACCAAAAAUGAUGAUGCCCUUUGACUCCCAGCCACCCCAGCCUGUGAUUAGUGCCCAUCCCAUCCAUUCCCUCGAUAACCCUCACCAUCAUUUCCACUCCAGCAGCCUCGCUUCUCCAGCUCGCAGUCAUCUCUACCACCCGGGCAGCCCAUGGCCCAUUGGCACAUCCAUGUCCCUUUCAGACAGGGCCAAUUCCACAGAAUCUGUUCGAAACACCCCAAGCACUGACACCAUGCCAGCCUCCUCGUCUCAAACAUGCUGUACUGAUCACCAGGAUCCUGAAGGUGCUACCAGCUCCUCUUACUUGGCCAGCUCCCAAGAGGAAGAUUCAGGCCAGAGUCUCCCUACAGCCCAUGUUCGCCCUUCCCACCCACUGAAGAGCUUUGCUGUGCCCGCGAUCCCACCCCCCGGGCCUCCCACCUACGAUCCAGCGUUGCCAAGCACACCGUUACUCUCCCAGCAAGCUCUGAAUCAUCACAUUCACACAGUGAAGACGGCCUCCAUCGGGACUUUAGGAAGGAGCCGGCCUCCUAUGCCAGUGGUGGUUCCCAGUGCCCCUGAAGUGCAGGAGACCACAAGGAUGCUGGAAGACUCCGAGAGCAGCUAUGAGCCAGAUGAGCUGACCAAAGAGAUGGCCCACCUGGAAGGACUGAUGAAGGACCUAAAUGCCAUCACGACAGCGUGACCACCUUGACCGGGACGUGACUCCCGGCCCAAGUCUAGAAGUCUUGGGACUUAGCCUUGAAAUCAAGGAGUUGUACAGAGCACCAGAGGACAGCACUUGAGAACACAGAGUGAGCAGGCCGCCCGGCCAGCGCCCCCGCGUGGGGCCGGCUCCAGGCCUGGCCACCUGCCUUCUCCCAGUCAGCCUGGAAGACGCCCGUGUUGAGGCAGCUUCCCUUUGCCUGCCGAUACCCUGCAGGACUGGGCACCAUGGGCCAAAAUGCUGUGUCCAGGGAAGAGGCAAGCAGUGCAACCUAUGUUUCACUUGGUGGGCAGGCCGUGUCUUCAUGCUGCGGUGGCAUCGCCUUUAUGGAGUGUAGACAUUGGCAUUUCUGUACAAUUUUAUUUGUGUUCUAUUUUAUUUUACCUUCAAAAGAAAAACACUAUCAAAACCAAGGAAGUCCGUGGUGUUCUCCACAAGUGGUUGACAUUUGACUGCUUGUUUGAAUUAUGUAUGGAAAGUCAUUGACAGUGUGGGUUGUUCCAGGGGUUGGUUGGUUUUUGUUUUUGUUUUUAUUUUUGAUUCUGAGUCAUUGCAUCCUCUACCAGCUGUUAAUCCAUCACUUUGAAGGGGGGAGGAAAUAUUGCAUUGCUGUUUGUAAGCUUUUUUAUUAUUUUUUUAUAAUUAUUAAAGGCCUGACUUUCUCCUCUCAUCACUGUGAGAUUACAGAUCUAUCUGAAUGAAAUGUAACAUUGAAAAGACUUGUUUGUUGGUUUCUGUGCAGUUUCAGUAUUGGGGUGGGGGCGGGCUGGGAGGGUUGGGAAUUGGAAAUGGAGGGGCUGCUGAGAUCCUGUGAAUGUUUCAGUCAUUGUACUUUCUUCCAGAAGCCUGCAGAGAACGGAAGCAUCUUCUUUAUUGUCCUGGCAUGUCCAUCUCUAUUGUCACUAAGUUGCAACUGGAGUUUCAUUUGGAUCUAGUAAAAAAAAAAAAAGUUCUUCUGUGCAAUAGGUGGGUUCAAGGAUGUAGCUGCCCUGGUGUCUUGGUAAUAUCCUGAUAAUAACAUCCAUGCUGAGGAGUCAGACAUCAUAUUACAGGAGUGAUGCAGUUCAGGGCACAAGCCUGGCAUGUUCCUGGGAAAUCAGAGAAGAGGAUGGACCCCCGUCCUGCUGUUGACCCUCUGACCUUGAAGAAGUCGGAUGUUAAGGUGGGAGCUUUGUUCCCACACAAGACUCCUUGCUUCUCCCUAGUUCCUGUCCUUGGUCAGUCCAGCAGUCCAGCCCUCGUUUCUACAUCUCAGAGCCCCUGUGGAGAAGGUGUUAGUAAGAAUGAAGCAGGCAGGGGCUGCAGCACCAGUGAGGCGCCCAGUUCUUUCUGAAAACUGUCCCAUAAGCAGCAGGGGACCAGGAGAGCGCCACCCCCAGUAGCUCAGCUAAGCCCCUGAUUCAAACAGGGCAGCAGGAGGUCUCUGAGGGGCCCUGAGAGGCCAGCCAUGCAAGAAGCCUCUGGCUUUUACAGGUGGUUCUCGUGUGCUUCUUCUUUAAAAGGAAAGAAGCUGAGUCUUUUUAUAUAUUAAGAAUAUAUGAAGAAAAAAUACAGGACUGACCCUCAGGCAUCUUCCCUGACUCCCCAGCAAAUCCUAGAAGAGUGGGUCAGGCAGAUGGAGCUGUGGUUUGGUAGCCAAGAACUAUCGUCUCAGUGGCUGAGACCACCAGGGGGCGCUCGGCCUGCGGCAGGCAGGAGCCCACUUGCCUUUCUACAUUGGUCAUUUCCCCCGUGUAGGUCUCAUCGCACAUUGGCUCUUCUAGGAGAUAAACUCUCUGUUUCUUAAUUGGGGGCAAUGAAAAGAGCAGUGCUGGACCUUCUGCUGCCCUGCUAGCCGGUCAUGGAGGAUAGUGCCAGGCAGGAUUCUGGAAACCCAGUGCACUUCAGCUGAUCCUGAAAAAAGCACUCUGGACACCAGGAGCGCUAGAUUCCCCAGAAACUGUCUUACCUUUUGCCCAAAGAGACAUGCUCGGUAUUCGGGGCAUUCCCUCCCAUGAACCCUGAUACUUCUGUUACCUCAGGGCCUUGGUACCUGCAUACUGCCACAGAGCUGGGGCGGGGGGAGGGACCUAUUUUUAAAUAAAUAACUGUUCAAAGUCGGGGGAUUUUUUUAAAAGUAAGAAAUAGGAAAGCUAUUCUGUAUUGCACCUUUUCACAAUUUAAUACAUUUUCUUACAUUUUCCUGUGAUUUUUGAAAUUAAACCAUUGUGUGUCUUGUCAUGUCCUAGUUGAGCUGCUGGCCAGCAGCUUCCUUCAGGAAGAUUUGGAACAAACGUGUCUGUUGCCUUGUCGCCUGCUGGAGUGGGGCCUGGAGGGCUGCUGGGAACUAGUUUCUGUACACACUUGUUUGGCCUUUUCUGUAGUUGAUGCUGUAAACUCUAUGGCUUUUUGAAAAACAGUUUCAUGUUUUUAUUUAGUAUUGGAAAUCCAAUACACUUUUUUUAAUUCAAUCAAA